GAGAACGUGCCGCCGAUGAUCGCAAUUCUAGGCCCUUCGUCCAUCUCUUCAUUUUCAAAAACAGAGAGCACUAAAAGUUUUUGUUUGUUUUCAGAGCGGAGAUUUGAUUUAGACAGCCUAUUGGCACUAAAUCUGAACAACGUCGGCAAGUUGACCCCGUAUGAAGGCGAGCAGGUUAAGCUGCUGUCAAAGAUAGAAGCCUACAAAUCCAGUGACAAUGCAGCGCCAACCAUAGAACCGACUGCUGAGGCAGGGCCAUCGGGGACAACUACUCACGAAUCCUUGUCUGGGACAGUACCACAGGCAGCAUCUUCAUCCUUAGAGACAGCUGUGGAUGCACAAGGAGCAUCACAAAAGCAUCCCUCACUUUCUCGAGUUGCACGGCCAGCAAAACGGAAGAUAAGUGUAUUCCACAACGAGCAUGUCGUGGAGGAGCUGGACUUGCUGGCCAUAUUGUCGUCUAGUUCUAAUGGUAAGGCAAUCUUAGCUUGUUACCGAGCUGGACAGAAGGAGUAUGAUGAGACUGGAGACGAGCCCCCCGCAUUGACCAAAUUACACAGGAAACUUAUAGCUGAUGAGAUUCAUGCGGCAUUGAUUAAAGAGUUGGUAGAACCCAUACAGCAUCAACUAUUUGAAGGUGUUGCCCUGAAAGUUCGUGAAGUAUUUCCCACAGAGAGAAAGGAGAAAUGGUAUGAUGCCCCUCAUUCAGUGACAAAUGACACUAACCAUCCGAAAGGCAAGAUCCCAGACAAGUUCCGAAAUGUCAAGAACCGCGUAAAGAACUUGGAGCGUGCUGGUUCUUCAAAACAAUCAAAAAGUCGCAGUCAGCCUCGGCAGUAUACUGGAACUCUGCAAAGUAUUCUAAAAAAACCAAUUACUGAUCUUGAGAGGAGUGCGGAGACAUGGCUUCAAAAGUCUCGGAGUCCAUGGCCUGUCGUUCUUGAGAAGUGGCGCGUGACGCUGCCACUGAGGCUUCGAGACUUGUUUAAUGGAGAGGACCAUUUCGUUAAUUCGUACUUGGAGCAGUGGCCUGUGCUAAAGCACGCAUCUGGAUUUGAGUUGGUCCUGCAAGAUUUUAAAGAUAUCUACCCGGAAGCAGACAAUUUAAUGUUCAUUAAAUGGGACCAUUUUUUGAAAAGGACUCUCUCCAUCGCAAGGAAGGAUGUGAAAGAUUCAAACAUUAGAAGAUUGUUGGUGCAAGACUCGUCCAACGAUAGGGAUGUGCAAGCUUGUAUUGUACUGUUCGCACUUCCUGGAAUCAGUGCAAACCGCUCAAUGCAGGUGGAUAAGAAGACAGAAAAGCUUACAAUUGACCGCGCUCGAGACAGUUUUAUCGUCUAUUGCCAAUCUGCAAGUACCAUCUCCAAUUUGAUUGAGGCCCGGAGGGAGCUCCUGAAAGGCAGAGAUGGGGGUGGGCAGCCUCUCAUAGUUUUGGUUGGCAAAUCUGAAACAGCAGUCACAGCUGUUUACGUCUCAGUUGCGGACUUGUUGUGGAAGUGUGACGGAGUUUUGGAAGCUGUCGACCUUUUCUUCAAAUCUUUUUUUGCACUCCACAUCGAGUACCCUCCAGAAAGUAGCCACAUUCUCAUCAUUCUUCAAAAGGCUGUGUAUGGCCUAUCCACGGAGUAUGACAAAAAUUACAAUAUUGAUUAUGGUUGGCUCAGUGUGUAUGAAUCAUAGAAUUUAUAUUGUUUUGAUUUAUUGUUCACUUGCAUCCUUGAUUAUUUUUCUAGAAUGCUCUUUUGAUUUGAUUGUUCGUCACUUACGCUUCUUGCAUUAGUUUUCCGUUCAGUUGUUUUGAUUUCCUCCUGAUGGUGUUCUAGUCUCAUCCAU